CUAGGACCUGAUCCUUUGACAACUGCUAAUCAAGUUUUACAUCUUCGAAUGGGAGAUUAUGGUGAUGCAGAAAUACAUGGAUAUAAUGUACCACAGAAUGAAUUCAUCGUGAAGUGUUCUUACCAGUCAAGGAACUGUUCUUCAUCAGAAAUACAAAAGGUACGAGACGAGUACUAUGGAACAUGCUACAAAUUUACGCCUUUUUCAAACCCGACAAAUCUAGCAGGACCAGCGUAUGGACUGGAAUUAUUGCUUGAUGUUCAACAAAAUGAUUAUAUGCCAUUCGUCACAGCAACUGCAGGAGUCAGGAUAGCUAUUCACAGUUCACAUUACAAAGCACAAUUGAAAAGCGAGGGAAUUUCUGUGUCCACGAAGUUUGAAACCAAUAUAGCUAUGAGGCAAGAAAGGUUUAUUCGAUACGCAGGUUCGGAAGAACUAUGCGACACAAAUAACACAUAUUCAAGUGUUCUGCCCUGUAUGGAACGUUGUACUGGAAUAGCAGUCAGAAAAGAUUGCUUUUGUCUGAGUAGUUAUGACUUCUUAUCUUUAGCCGUUACAACAAUGUGCAAAACAACAUUAGAGAUAGAGUGUAUGGCCAAUACAGAAGCAUUAUCAGGAAGCGAAUUGAAUUGCAAAUGCAAAAUGCCAUGCAGGCAAACAUCAUUCAAAAAGAAUAUUUUUAUGACUCAAUACCCAGCUGAGAACUAUGCAGUGGUGUUAAACACUGUUAUGGAAUCAAAUGGCUCAAGGGAAGGUGUAAGUGACAGUUUGUCUUAUGUUAAGAUAUUUUUCUCAUCGUUGGUAGAAGAUGUUAUACAAGAGGAUCUCGCAUAUACAGAUGAGAAUUUUGUAAGUGAUAUUGGAGGACAGCUAGGUUUAUGGGCAGGAUUCUCUGUUCUGAGUCUAGCAGAACUCUUAGAACUGGUUGUCAUCUUAUUCCAUGCUUGUUGUUCACGCAAGAAAGCAGAAGUUAAUGCCGCAUACGAUGAAAAGGAAUAAUUAACCGUCUCAGAACUUGACCUAACUUGAUUCUAAACUAGAUAUUUUAAUUAUGUUUUAAGUGAUUU